UUCCGCGAGCUUCCAAUCUUCCAAUUUCGUUCCGACGACAAAACAACACAACAACAAAGUCCUUGCCUUUAGUUGUCACCCAGGACCUUCCAGCCUCUCUGGAAUCACCCUUUAUCUUCCUUUUCUUCUUCAGUCUUCAAAGCAAGAAUACAACAACCAUGCCUCAACAUGAGCAUAUGGAACGGCACUUCAAGCUCCAUGGGCGGCGUAUGGAUGCCCCCGAGCGAGAGCGCAAAAAGGAAGCUCGAUUGGCCCACAAGCGAUCCGAGUUUUCUCAAAAGGUCCAUGGUAUUCGAGCCAAACUCUAUCAUCAACGACGCUACAAGGAAAAGGCCACCAUGCGCAAGACCAUUGCUCAACAUCGAGAACGAGCCAAUCAACAUGCCAACGAUGAAGCUGUCGCCGAAGGAGCCUUGCCCGCGUAUUUGUUGGAUCGAGAAGGAGUCUCGCGUGCCAAGGUCCUCUCCAACACAAUCAAACAAAAGCGCAAGGAAAAGGCUGGCAAGUGGGAAGUACCCAUCCCCAAGGUCAAGCCCGUGGCGGACGACGAAAUGUUCAAGGUCCAGAGGACGGGAACCAGAAAACAAAAGGCAUGGAAACGAGUCGUUACCAAAUGUACCUUUGUGGGAGAUAACUUUACCCGAAAGAACCCAAAAUACGAAAGAUUUAUUCGGCCCUCUGGAUUAAGAAUGAAGCGAGCCAAUGUCACACAUCCAGAGCUUAAGACCACGUUCCAGUUGGACAUCAUCGGGGUAAAGAAGAAUCCCAGCUCCCAGCUCUACACCAAUUUGGGUGUCAUGACCAAGGGAACAGUCAUCGAGGUCAAUGUCAGUGAAUUGGGAUUGGUCACAACGUCGGGAAAGGUGGCAUGGGCCAAGUUUGCCCAAGUCACCAACAACCCCGAAUUGGAUGGAUGUGUCAAUGCUGUCCUUCUAGUUUAGUUUUUCAUACGACUAGCAAUAUUUUAAUCUGUUCUUGUCCGGUACAUGUACGUAUUUGUUAAUCUAUCUGAUAUGAGUUUGUCUUGUCACCUCGAACCCUGUCCCCAAACAAAUGUUGCGUGGCUCACCACCAAACUGGGAGGACAGUGGGAAGUCAAACCUUCAGUAUAUACUGAAGCCAACUCCCAGAUUGAAGCCAGAAUCAUUAUUGUACAAGGUCAUCAUUUUCUACAUCCAGGAUUGGUGUAGCCAACCCCUUAUGUUCCAGCAGAAUCUACACUUGCUGGCUAGCUAGCUGACAACAUUGGGACCACAGUAGUAGAACCAAAAUUCUUGAUAUGUUAACUACAUUCUAGGUGAAAAAUAUAAGGGAGAG